AUGUUCAUAAUUAAAGACCAUCUUAAACAUCCUUGUCAGGAGCAUAAUUGCGCUCAUUUUUGCUUUGCAUUACCUAGUGAUGAUCAUUCAAUGCCUUUGACUAAAAAAUGUGGAUGUAAACAUGGAUACAAGGUUAAUCCAAACAAUGAAUUGGCUUGUAUUCGCGAUAUUCUUGAACCGAUUGAACCUCUUUGCCCUCGAAAUGGUUCACAGAAAAAUGAACUUGCUCUUCAAUUUCAAUGCGCUAACGAUGAUUGUCUUGAUGGUUCAGACGAACAAGAUGAAAACGGGCAUUCCUGUUUCAAAGAAGUGGAAUGUCCAGAAGCAACAAUUCGUUGUAAUAACACCAAGAAGUGUAUUCCAGUUCAGUAUGCUUGUGAUGGAGAUAAUGAUUGCGGAGAUUUCUCCGAUGAAGAUCAACGCUUUUGCAAAGAUGGCCAGCGUCCACAAUGCGGUGCCAAGAAGUUUCAGUGUGACAAUAAUAGGUGUGUGCCAGAACAAUGGCGUUGCGAUUCCGAUAAUGAUUGCGGAGACGGGAGUGACGAAAAGCUCGAACUUUGCCACAACGCCACUUGUUCCUCUAAUCAAUUUACUUGCGCGAAUGGUCGCUGUAUUCCUGUUUAUUGGCUUUGCGAUGGGGAUAAUGAUUGUUAUGAUGCAACUGAUGAAGAUCCGGAACGUUGUCCUCCAGUACAAUGUCGGCCAGAUCAGUUUCGAUGUGCGAGUGGUCGGCAAUGCAUACCAUUAGCGGAUGAGGAAAGUUGUUUGCCACGUGAAGGGAAUUGUGCUGCUGACCAAUUUAAAUGUAUUACUUCCGGUAUUUGUAUUCCAGCGGCAUGGAAAUGUGAUGGACAAGAAGACUGUGAUGAUGCAAGCGAUGAACCACGUGAAACUUGUCAACUUCAACAUGUCACGUGUCCUAAAGAUCAUUUCCGUUGCACAAACGGACGUUGCAUAUUUUCGACUUGGGUUUGUGACUCUGUAAAUGACUGUGGAGACAAUUCUGAUGAGCAAACCUGCCCAAACAGUGCUUCGCAAUUUCUUUACAAAUGCCCCUUCGAUACUGUAAAUAUUCAGUUUUUAGCGUUUUACUUUCUUUUUAAAAUAUUAGAUCUUUGUGACGGAAAGCCUCAUUGUGUUGAUGGAUCUGAUGAAGGUGGACGCUGUUCAAGAGGUGGCCGUUUCUCGACUUGUUUAAGUGUUUCAUUCUUUUAUUUAGACUUGUGCUCUGCUGAUCGAGCAGGAUGUCAAUAUAAAUGUCACAACUCGCCCGACGGACCUAUUUGCUCCUGUCCCCUUGGAGAACAACUUGUUAAUAAAACGAGAUGUGAACCUGAGAAUGAAUGCCUAGAUCCUCGCUCAUGUUCACAACACUGUACUGAUGAAAAACAUGGGUUUACAUGUACUUGUGAUACUGAUUACGUUCUUUCGGCAGAUAAGCAUACCUGCAAGGUUGCACAGAAUCGUGAGGACAUGCGUGUUUAUGUUUCAAACAGAAAUCCGCAGGUCGAGAAUGCCGUUGCUAUCGCUUGGGAUUCAGUUCAGGAUCGUAUAUAUUGGUCGGAUAUCCGCGAUAAGAAAAUCUACAGUGCCACUCGGAAUGGAACAGACGUUCAAGUUUUUAUUGGGCAGGGCUUGGACAUUACUGAAGGUAUUGCCGUCGAUUGGGUCGGCAGAAACCUUUAUUGGGUUGAUUCUUCUCUUAAUACUAUUGAAAUUGCAAGUCUUGAAAAGCCUGGAGGCAAGCUUUUUUAUUAG